CGUUAUCGCGUUGUGUGUGAACACUUGACAGUUGUCCAGCGAUAAAACCCCCGCGAGGAUUAAAUUUGCGUUUAGUUUGAAUGCACAGUAAGAUGUCAUUCUGUGCAUUUGCUCUAUUUGCACAAAUAAAUCUGAAGAGUUAAUAAUCAAACCAUAGAAACAGGUUUGUUCAAUGUGGCAUGGAUCCUUUCAUCAAUCGGGUCCUCCUGACAAACCACUGGAUGUGUGGCACACAUGUUUGCCUAUGACUGCCUGCUUGUUUUCGCUCUUGACAGGCAACAUCAAGGAAAAACACAGAUGCCACCUGCUUCGAGUUGAGUCUUUCCAGUAAGGAAGGACAAGUCCGCAGUGAUGAACAGGACACAAGACAUUAUUGCUUUGAUCUGCUUGCUGUUCCUUAGAUUGCCAAAGUUUGAGAUGGCCAGCGGGAAAGUCUUAGAGGAGACUUAUCGGAAGUGGGUCCAGUAUAAAGAAGACUGUGUCAAAAUGAUAGAGAAUGAGCCACCCCUUCAAGUGGGCUUGUUCUGCAACCGGACAUUUGACAGAUACGCCUGCUGGCCAGAUACUCCUGCCGACUCUGGGGUCAAUAUCUCAUGCCCUUUCUACCUGCCCUGGUAUGACAAAGUUUCCCAGGGUGUUGUGCGUCGGCGGUGUGGCUCUGACGGCCUCUGGGAGAGAGAGAACAGCGGGCAGGUGUGGAGAGACAAGACUCAGUGUGAAGAGGAAAAAGAAGUCACAUCACAGGAGCUGUGGAUCAAACAACUGAUGGUGAGCUUUAGGAUGUUGUACACUGUCGGAUAUUCCUUGUCCCUCUUUGCGCUCAUAACAGCUCUUGUCAUUCUCCUGAGCUUAAGGAAACUGCAUUGCACCAGGAACCUCAUUCAUGCUAACCUCUUCCUGUCCCUCAUCCUGCGAGCUGUAUCUGUCAUUGUUAAGGACACCAUGCUGGAACGCCACUGGGGACGAGAAAUCAUCAAACAGACCGAUGUGAGAGAGAUGCUCAGUCACCAGGCUGCCAUUGGCUGCAGGGUAGCACAGGUGAUGAUGCAGUACUGUGUCCUGGCCAAUCACUAUUGGUUCUUUGGAGAGGCUAUUCAUUUGUACUCUGUGCUUAUUGCCUCAGUGUUCAUCGAUAACAACAAAUACUUACCUUACAUCUGUCUUGGCUGGGGAACUCCACUUGUAUUUGUGGCUCCCUGGGUCGUGAUGAAGUUAUUGAAAGAAAACAAAGAGUGUUGGGCUGUCAAUGAGAACAUGAACUACUGGUGGAUCAUUCGUUUCCCAAUUCUUUUUGCUUCACUAAUCAACUUUCUAAUUUUCAUAAAGAUCCUGAAGGUCAUACUUUCCAAAUUACGAGACCGCAACCAGAGUGGAUAUCCUGAUUACAAACUUCGGCUUGCCAAGGCAACCCUUACCCUCAUCCCUCUCUUUGGGAUUCAUGAGAUUGUGUUCAUCUUUGCUACAGAUGAGCAAACAACAGGCAUUCUGCGCUACGUUAAGGUUUUCUUCACCCUUUUUCUCAAUUCAUUUCAGGAUUCUCCCUGCAGGGCUUUCUGGUGGCUGUGCUCUAUUGCUAUGCCAAUAAAGAGGUGAGGACAGAGCUGAAGAGGAAAUUACGCAGCUGGAGGAUAGAGAGUGAGACUGUAUGCUGUGGACAAUGACUAGCCGUGCUUGACUCUCGGGUAGAAACUUUCUCCAUCGCCACAGUGCCAGAGUGCAACAGAUCCUCCGCCACGACGACGAGGGCAAUGCCUGAUGGUUCACCCACUCUUGAGAGUUCACAGAAUCUUAGACGUCAAGUUCAGCCAACCUCCUCACAGCCCCAUGAGUCUUUGCCGCACUGUCCAUCAGUGGUGAAUAAAGACAACAGCCUGCAGCGCAGAGAUCAGGAUGACAAUGGACAAUCAUCUGUGGCAAUGCAGGUGUCCUUCCUCAUUCAUCUUCAAGACCCUGUAGAGUUACUCCCAAAUGUUGCAAAUAUAGAUUCAGACUGAAAACAGUCUUGCAUUCACAUGUUUUUGCGAAUAUGUAAA